AUGUCGAAAGCCGUCUUCCUUAACCCAGUCGAUGGUAAACCCGGAAAGCCGGGUCAAGUCUACUACCCCCUCGCUGUGAAGACCCUUCCCCAGCCUGUACCUCAGGGUCGCGAAGUGUUGGUAAAGCUCACAGCUACAUCGCUAAAUCACCGCGAUGUGUUCCUUCGUCAACACCUCUAUCCGGGCGUCACCUUUGACGUUCCCAUGGGUGCCGACGGUACAGGAACCGUGAUAGCUGCCGGUGAAGGAGUGCGCGAUCCGCAACGCUGGAUCGGGAAGCGGGUGGUCAUCAACCCCGGAGUAGGGUGGAAGGAGUCUCUGGAUGGACCAGAAGAUCCGAAAGGGUACAGGAUCAUGGGCGGGACAAAGUCGUACAACAAGGGGACGAUGCAGGAGUAUCUCGCCAUUGAUGAAGGAGAGCUGGAAGAGGUGCCGGAGCAUUUGUCGGAUGCAGAGGCGGCGUCGUUUCCGCUUACUGGCUUGACAGCGUGGAGAGCGCUGGUGGUCAAGGCUGGAGAGAGGAAUUCGAGCAAGGGAGCUGCAGUCCUGGUGACUGGCAUUGGAGGUGGCGUGGCAUUGAUGGCGCUCAAGCUUGCGGUGGCUAGGGGCGUGGAUGUCUAUGUGACGAGCUCGAGUGAGGAGAAGAUUCGGAAAGCAAUUGAGCUGGGGGCUAAGGGAGGUGUGAAUUACAAGCAGGAGAAGUGGGAGCAGAAGUUAUUGGAGUUGUUGCCUACAGGGAAAGUGGCUUUCGAUGCGAUUAUUGACGGGGCAGGAGGGGAUUCGGUGGACAAGGCUGUCAAGUUGCUUAAGCCUGGUGGUGCUCUCUGUGUGUAUGGUAUGACGGUCGCACCGCAGAUGCCCUUCUCUAUGAAGGCUGUUCUCAAGAAUAUUGAUGUUCGGGGCUGUACGAUGGGGUCGCGGAAGGAGUUCAAGGAGAUGGUCGAGUUCAUCAAGACGCACAAAAUUCAUCCAGUCAUCUCACGCGUUUUGCAGACUGACCUGGAGGAUAUCCCUGCGAUCGAUGGAAUCUUUCAGGAUAUGAAGGAAGGGAAGCAAUUCGGGAAGCUGGUGAUUGAAUUCGGGAAAACCUCUGGAAGCAAACUGUGA